AUGCUCGAAAUGUAAUGUAAGUGAUCAUCAUCAUCUUCACAAUUAACAUGGCCGCGUCUUUAGUUUCUUCCAUCAUUUUCUUUCUUCUUUGCACCAUACUCUCCCUUUUAGUAGAUGGAAACGUUUUCGCUGCCCAAAUCGAACACCCCAAUCUCGAAGAGACCAUGACAAUGAGGAGGAACUUGGAGGGUAAUGGAGCAAGAUCCUCCAAAAUUCACUUUGGAGGAAGCAGGUCGAGGAAGGCCGGGGGAAAAACUGCUAACGUGCCAGUGCAAAACCAACCUCAGCAAGUGACGGCCCACGCUAUAACGGGUUAUGUUUAUGCAACCAAUUCCUCGAGUAAGUGGCAACCGAGAGGCUGAAAGAGGUUCACACUUCACUCUCAUCUCUCUUUAGUAUCUCUCUGUUUCUUUUCCUCUUUCAGAAUAUAGAUUACCUCUUGUUCUCUCUUUACUCUCUUGUUAUUUGUACACAAACGUUUAGU